UCGUACACUGACCUUGCCGAACCUAACCUAACUUUUCAUUAACCUCAAAAAACAAACGUGAAUUUAAAAAUGGGGAAAAACCACAAACACUCCAAGAAGUUAAAAUCAGAAAGAAACAAAGUGCACAUAAAAUCGAAAACGAAAUUUUUACCGAAAGGCCAAAAUGUGACGAACACGUCCUUCAAAAUAAAACCAAUAGUGCUCCAGCAGCAGCUCCAAGAAAGAGAAUUAGUCGCAGGGACCAAGAAAACAGCAACUAUCACCGAACUACUACCCAAAUUGAAGCACUUCAACGACACCAUCAAGACCGAAAGUUGUCAAGACCUGAAGGAGAUCAUCACUCUCAACCCCUUAGAAUCUGUCCAGAUUUACCUGUCGACAAUUAUCCAGAACGGGAGUGCGCUCAUUCAGGACCGAGAAAGAAAAGUCCGCAGGGCUUCAGUUAAACUACUCAACGCGGUUUUCGAAAAGGUUUCUGAUAAUACGUUAAGACCGUUCUUCACUUACAUCCUCACUAAUUUAAAAUGCGCAAUGACCAACAUCAAUAGGCACAUUCAAGAGGACUCUUUGCUCCUUCUGGACGCCAUCAUCGAGCACAAAAGCCUUCUCAUAGCCGAAAAUUUCAGCGACUUUUUCCCCAAUUUUUUAAUGCUAAUUUCAAAGUUGAAACAAUCCACGUCAGAACGCAGUUUGAGUUUGAAUCUAGAAGGAAAAAUCACUAGUGUGAAAUGGAGGGUGAAGGUUUUGGCGCGCUUGUAUGGGGUUUUAUGCGCCAUGGUACAGAACCGACAAACACAUAAAAGUGUCCAUGAUGGUACCAACCCCAUUGUUGCGUCCGCCAAAGAUUGUUUCUACAUUCCAAUGUAUAAAAACAUCCGCGCCUAUGAAAAUAUAGACUCUGUUGCGUUUUCUUCAAGUAAAAAUAUAAACACAAAUUUUGAUGGCCACAUUUUGGAUUUAACGCAACUGUUGUUUGAAAUUUGGAUGGAAAUAGUGCCUGAGAAAAGCGUGAAGAAAAGCUCACUUUCGACGGUAUUGACAAGCGAAGAUUCGGUUGCGAUUUUCACGUGUGUGGUAAAUAUUUUACGGCUGCUGCAAGAGUACGUUGAGAGUUGUACAAGUGGAAAUAUUUUCACACAACACAAAUCUGUGCUUUUUCUGGACAACAUCAUGAGCACUUUUCCCUAUUCUCACAAUAAAAAAAAUCUAGAAAUUGUGAAAGAAUUCCCUAAAUGUUUUAUUUUUAACAAUGACCCCAAUUUCGUUGAAGAAAAUUUGGUUUUAAUUUAUAUUUAUAUCACCCUGAGGGUGAAAAAUGGCAGAAACGUUCCCAAACAGACAGCAGUUGCUACUUACCUCACUAAUUGUUUAAAAUCCCGUUUUCGCCUAAACUCCACCAGCUUCUCCUAUUUGGUAAAAAUCUUGAAGCAAAUCGUCCUAGAAAACCCAUUUUUGUGCCGCAGACUCGGCAUAAACGAAACGGAACUAAUGGAGCACAUUUUAAAUUUUUACAACGAAAAAAUACCAGAACUGUACAAAAAUCACAUUUUAGAAAUCCUUACAAGCCCUUGUCUCCAAAAGCACCACUCGUGGAUGGAGAAGUUGCCAGAAUUUCUGUGUAAUGAGCGGAUUCCGGGGAAAUUGAUUGACGGGAUUUUGGAUUUGUGCAGGAGGGGGCAGGAAGUGGUCCAAAGUGGCGUCCAGAAUUCUUUGGCGCGGAUUUUAGGUAAUUUACCGCUGCUUGAAAUCAGUGGUGUUGGUGAUGUGGAAGCGGCCAGGAAAAAUUUGGUUUCGAUUUUUUUCUAUUUGCCAAAGCUGAGUCCCGAUGAUGUUGACGAGAUUGUCAGGUUUGUGGAGGGGCAUCCGGGUUUGAGUUAUGCCAAUUAUUUGACGAAUAUGUUGGAGUUGAGGACUUAUAUGUUGAAAUAAAUUUUGUGAUAAGUA